CUUUAUCAACGUGUUUUCAGUUACCUUCAGUUGGUCACACUAAAUCGUACAAAUUCGUAACAUUCAGCGUCACAAAAUAAUAAUUCAAAAAUUGUAAAUAAUAUCAUGCCACCGGAGGCGACCAGUGAGUGUCGAAUAUGCGGCGAACAAAUCUUUACGGCCGAUCCAAAAAAUAUUUUCGAGCGCCGCAAUCGACGGAUACUUAUAGCAAUAAAACAAGUCACUGGCCUAGCGUUGAAGUUUGAGGCCCAGUUGCCCAUGCACAUCUGCUCAUGCUGCCUUUUGGAUUUAAGCCAUGCCAUUGCAUUUCGGGCGCGUUGUUUGCAAACAGAUGCGAGUUUGCAUAAAAAUCACACUUCAGAGGUUGCCACGGAGGACUGUGACCCUCUUAUAAAAUCGGAACCAGAUACUUUGAAGCAGAAUGACAAUCGGGCAUCUGAGGAAAUUGAGGAUGACAAGGAUUCUAAACAUAACAUGCAAUCUCCUCGCGUUAGGCUGAAGCGCUUCCACUUGCCUGCAAAGAGCGAGCCAACCCCCCAGCUUGAGCCCAUGCUGAUGGCCAUAGCGCCGGAGGUGAUUACCCAGAGACCGAAGAGGCGUCGAAGAAGACCCAACUUAAAUGAUAAGCGAUAUGUUUGCGACCAGUGUGGCUGGUCAUUUGCCGACCUGAGCAACAUGAAGGACCACAAACUUCGUCACUACGACGAGAAAUUUGUGUGCAACGAGUGCGGUCGGAAAUUCUACACCCAGCCUACGCUGAAGAUGCAUAUUCGGGUUAUUCAUAAUGGGGAAAAGCCGUACGUCUGUCAAUACUGUGGAGAGGGUUUCGGAAAUAGCCCUGCUCGCUGUCGACACGAGAGAAUUUACCACUACGAUGAGUUAAUGUUUCCGUGUGACUACUGCGACAAAAGAUUCAAUAGCGACAAGGGCAGGAUGAAGCACCAGAUAAAAUGUAACGCCGAGGAAACUUUUUAUUGCGAGCCUUGUGAUAAGGAGUUUAAAACGGCCGAUUGUCUGCGGCGGCACCAUUUUAGCAAGUAUCAUCGGAAGCGCGAAAACCUCGAGGUCACGGAUGAGGUGAGCGAGUUUGAUGAAGACCCUAAACGGAAGAGGCUUAAGUCGUCCUACAGCCAUCGUCAUAAAGAAGACUCGGAAGAGAAUGAUCCAGACUAUGACACCUUGGACGAGAGCCAAGAGGAGUAUUUGGAGGGUGAAGAGCCGAAAAUGGAGGAGGAGGUGCUGGAUGAGGAAACAGCCGAAGUCUUCGACUGCGAUGAGACUAUUCUGGAAGAGAUACUUGCAUAGGUUCCACCCCUGGGAAGCGGUUAUCUAGCUAUCGUGUUGUUUUGUAACUAGGAUAUUUCAUUGUCAUUAAAUGUAGUUUCUAUUUUA